CACUGGAGCUCCGCCACAGCCUGCAGCUGCAUUGACGGUAAACAGAGGAAGGUAGCGCAUGGGCAGCCAGCAGGGAAUUAUUCCACAUCGCAUCACAUCACUGAGCAUACAUGGCGUCCUCACACACCGAGCCAUGAAUUUAGUGUGCAGGCUGACGGUGUAGCCGCCAAUUCUUCUCUCCUUUUUUUUUUUUUUUUUUUUUUUCCUUUUUCUUUGCAGCCAUCAUUCUUUGCGUCGGUGUGCAGCAGCAGCAGCAGCAGCAGCAGCAGCAGCGGGGAUUGAAGAUUGAGCGCACAUUGCUACAGUAGGUAUCAUUUUGUGGAUCAAGACGAUGGAUGUGGGCUCAUCCGGAUCUAUUCCUGCAAACACGGCGGACCGGAGCGAUUUUUUAUUCCAAACGCAUCCACAUCUCCCCUAUGUUGCAAGGUGUCUUUGAAAAGGCUACGGACCUCUGGAGGAAAUGAGAAGAAAGGUCUAUUUUCACGCCUGUCGAGAUGGAGGCGUCAUUAAGAAGACCUGUACGUUCAAGAUCAAACGCACCUCGUUAGAUCAUUAAGGAUCAUUGUUAAUCUGCGUUAGAGCAAAGGGGGGCCUCUCUCAGCGGUGACCUGCAAUUUUUUUUUUGUCUAUGAGCUCUGAAUCACAAAGAAGAUUGAUCCCUCCGUCGACCCGAUGUAGGAGCUGCACCCUCCGAUUCCCACAACCUCGACUCUUGCUUGGAUUUCAGCAUUCAGUCAAAGCCACCAGGACAGAGUAUGCCAUCUGCACCUUUCCACAGGAUCCUACGACCCCUUCUGCUCGGCACUUUCAUCCUGGGAUGCUUUGUGACUCUGUUUUUGAUGUAUUUUAAACCAUCCACCAGCUGGUUGUCAGGUCCCGUAGAGUCCACGGUAUCCACCGACCGGGUCAAGAACCUCUUCUCCACCAAGAGCGACAAGAACGUGACCACGGUGCUCAUCUGGCUCUGGCCCUUCGGACAGACCUACGACCUGGGCGUGUGCAGCUCUCUCUUCAACAUCGAGGGCUGCUUCAUCACGGCCGACAGGAACUUCUACAACAAGUCGGAUGGCGUCGUCAUCCACCACCGGGACAUCUGCACCGACCUGUCCAACCUGCCGCCGCUGCAGCGUCCAUCCUUCCAGAAGUGGAUAUGGAUGAACCUGGAGUCGCCGUCCCACUCCUCCCAGCUGCCCGGGAUCGAGAACAUGUUCAAUCUGACUCUCAACUACCGUCAGGAUGCUGACAUUGAAGUGCCUUAUGGGUCCAUCGUAGCGGCGGAGGGCGAGGAGGACUUCGUCCCGCCCAGCAAAAACAAGCUGAUCUGCUGGAUCGUGAGCAACUGGAACCAGGACCACGUCCGGGUCAAAUACUACAACGAGCUGUACAAACACAUCGAGGUCCACGCGUACGGACAAGCCUUCGGGGAGUACAUCUCCGACCAGGACUACUUCCCCACCAUCGCCAGCUGCAAGUUCUACCUGGCGUUUGAGAACUCCAUCCACAAGGACUACAUCACGGAGAAACUCUACAACCCGCUGUCCGUGGGCACGGUGCCGGUGGUUCUGGGCCCGGCCAGGCAGAACUACGAGAACUUUAUCCAGGGGGACGCCUUCAUCCACGUGGACGACUUCACCUCGCCCAAGGAGCUGGCUGAUUACCUGCUGCUUUUGGACAAGAACGAGGAAAUGUACCUCAGGUACUUUGAGUGGAGGCGGCACUUUAAAGUAAAGAAGGCCUAUUUCUGGGCAGAGCACACAUGCCUGGCUUGUGAUUACCUGCGUAGGCACAAGGAGUACAAGGCAUUCAAUAACCUUGACAAGUGGUACUGGGGCGGAUAGUGCUAUGAAGGGCUAUGCAGCGCUUGUUUUGUUGUUAAAGGCAGUGCUUUAAGAUUUCUGUCCUUCGGUUAACAUGAAGGGUGAUUACUGUUCGGUCCACAGCUCCCGAAUGAUGUUUUUCUAUUGGUUCAGUGGCCCGGUGAGACAUCCAUCUUCUUUUGUUUUUCUUUUUUUUAUUUGCAAGCCAAUUUCGCUAAGCCUUACUUUGCCUUUUUUUGUGUUAUUCAUUUAUUAUUUAUUUUAAUGAAUUACAAAUGCACUACAUUGUUAUUUCAACCCAUGUUUUGCUUGACAUGACAACAUUUGCUGCUAUUUUGUUAUGUUUUUGUUCUAUUAUUAGUAUGAAUGCUUGAUUAUGUGGAUGUUUCUGUGUAACAGAGGACAUUCAUGGUGCAAGGUUGUUUUUUUAAUUUUAAAUAUCACCUUUUCAUGAAGCGGACAUCGGGAUAGUGUUGGCUGCAGAAGGACAUAAAACGUGCAAAUAUUUAUGUAAUAUUUAUUCAAAGUGAGGCAUUAUAUGAUAAAAAAAACAAUCUCAUCUGUGCUAGUGAUGCAGUCACCUAUGCAGUGUUUACUGAACUCAAAUGUGAAAGUAGUUCAAUUGUGUCAUGUACAUAUUGUGUAUUUUUGGGAUCAUGUAGCCGUCAUUUUUUUCCAUAUUUUUGUAAGUUUGCAUUUGCACUGCUAAUCCAACUGUUACCUAUCUUUACAUAUGUACAGCGAGACAGACGGGCGUCGUGUUGUGUGGUUGUAGAUGGCAUAUGGUGAUCAUUACCCCGCUAGUCUCUGACAGCAGAUGUGACUCUGCUCUGAGAGAGGAAGGUUACUAUUUUAAUCAUGUUGUGAAUUGUUCAUUGUCACAUGUGAUGUGUCACAAUGGUUGGAUCCCGUGUGGAUAAUGAUAGUACAGUACAGAGCCAUUGAACAGCAAUAGGAAACUGCUAGACACCUCAUUAUAUUGUAUUCUGCUUUUAUCUGUGUUAUUUAAUUGAAUAUAGUUACAGGGAAAAGCACAAAAUGAACAUAAUACUGAAGAGAUUAUUGCUGCGCGUACUGUACUGUCAUCCCACAAUGUGACAUUAAAUAUUUACACUGAUAGUCUCAACUAUUCCAAGCAGAUGUUAUUAAAUGGGUGAAGAUUAGUUGAGAUCUGCCCACGUUUGGGAGCUGUAAGAAACAGGUCCAAGAUUACUGCAAGAUUAUCCACUUAUCUGUCUUUGAAUCAUCACACAUCACGCAGUGUUGUUUGGGGAGUUAGAGGGUGCAUGUGAGAGAUAUUUUUCUGGAUUUUUCUUUUUGUUUUGUUUACACUCCUGUUUACAGUUUAUGUGGCUCGCCAGCCAACCUACACCACUCAUGAUCACACUACAAAAAAAGCAUCAGCAUCUGUAGAUAUCACAUCACUUUUAAAUGUUGCCAGAAUCCACUGAACAAAUGCACAACAGCACUCAGCAGCUAUUGACAUGAUGGUCAAGUUUUUACAGAAAGAACUGUGCAAAACCAACAUUUUAUGCAAGAUGAGCCGGUGUCUUCUUGGUCAAAGUUCUCCAACAUUUUUCAGGUUAUUAUCAUUUUGAUAUUUCUUCACUGUCAAAGGGACCAUUGAUGUAAAUUAGGAUGAAUUCAAUUAUUUUUCUUAUGGAGUAUGGUUCCAAAUGCCAUAGUGAAACUUGUAUAUAAACCUCGUAGUGAACUGAAUCAUCAUCUGGAUCAGGGAUGGGCAACUUAAAUGCUGCAGGAUAUGAUGAAACUGCAAUUUCAAAUAUAUUUUAACAGUGCAGUAACUUAACAUAUUUCAUGCUCAAAUGCAUGCAUAACAGUAUAAAUAGGAAUACAAAAGGUUUG